AUGCCGAUUGGAGAGCCAGCAUCCUUCCAGCGCCUUCUAUGUCGCAACGCUGCAUGCCAACCCGUUGGAAUUAAGCGGGAAUCAAGCAGCGGAUCCCGAUGGCAUGGACACUUAUGCGAGGUCCGCCGCGCUGCCGAGCCACUGGAGCCACCUCGCCGUCUCCUCCACCUCCUCACCCAGCCCAGCUCCAUCGCCAUCGCCCCGCAGCCCCGAGAGCCCCGCCGCACCUCCAGCAGCCACAAGCGAGCCACAGCAGGCGGCAUGAGGCUUGAGUCGCUCGCACCUUUAUCCAUGCUGCUCAUCGGGGUCUCAAUCGCCUGCUACCCCCCGUCUUCGGAUUCCCUGCAGGACCGGGCGUACAGGUCGGCCGUGGUGAUCGAGGGCAAGGUGCAAUCUACGCCGGGGAACGCCUCCGCCGAGCCGCCGUCGCAGCAGCGUGUGCACGUUAAGGUGCUGGACGUGUGGCCCCUCCACAGCGGUGGGCUGGAGCCCGAGCAGCUAGUCACCGUGCUGGGAGAGUUCGGGUCGGAGGCUCCGUGCGCCGACGUCCAAAAGAACCGCCAGUACAUAUUUUUCAUGGAGCCCACCGAGGCACCGCUAGUCUUCAAGGCUUCAUUCGCGCCCCUGGACACAAGCGGGAAGAACCUGAAGAAGGAUGUGGGGAAGAUCUUGUGUGAGGACUGCGCUUCGGCUCCAAAGUUAAAACCAAUGAAGAAUCCAUCAGUUGUGGACGAGGGAACCAAGCUCACAGUCAAGUGCGAGGCCACGGGGAACCCUCUCCCCACCUACCGCUGGUUCAAAGACGGCAACGAGCUCAAGAAAGACAAAAAAAUACGAAUAAAGACCAGCCAGAAAAACUCCAGACUCCAGAUCAACAGAGCGAAACUGGAGGAUUCUGGGAAUUACACAUGUGUGGUGGAGAACCUGCUGGGAAAGGACAACUCCACUGGCACUAUAAACGUCCAAAGUAGAACCACAACGCUAUCUCCAGGCUCAGGCCACGCCAGAAGAUGCAAUGACACAGAGAAGGCCUUCUGUGUGAAUGGCGGCGACUGUUACUUCAUACAUGGUAUAAACCGGCUUUCCUGCAAGUGUCCAAAUGACUUUACUGGUGAUCGCUGUCAAACCUACGUUAUGGCACGUUUUUACCAUCAUCUUGGGAUUGAAUUUAUGGAGGCAGAAGAACUCUACCAGAAGAGAGUCCUGACAAUCACGGGUAUUUGUGUGGCUCUGUUGUUGGUGGGCAUCGUGUGUAUGGUGGCCUACUGUAAAACCAAGAAACAAAGAAAGAAGAUGCACAAUCAUCUGCGACAGAACAUGUGUCCAGAGCACCCCAAUCGGAACCUAGCUAACGGACCCAAUCACCCAGGACCAGGACCAGAGGAAAUCCCCAUGGUAGAUUACUUAUCAAAGAAUGUACCAGCCACUGAACGAGUCAUACGGCCUGCGACGGAAGGAUCCUUCCCUGCCAGCCACACCUCUUCCAGAUCUCACAAUUCUUCCACACGAGCCCAUUCAUCAACUCACAGACCCGAGGAGCGGACGUGGAGCCUGGAACAUUCGGAUAGCGUCCUCUCUGACUCGCCGGGGAUGAUGUCAUCAUCAGUGGGGACCAGUAAAUGCAGCAGCCCCGCCUGCAUGGAGGCACGGGCCCGGCGGGCCGCACACUGUGCUUACAAUGACUCCCAUCGGCCGACACUCCAAUAUGGGGACUCCUUUGACUCUCUGGGAGAUUCUCCACACAGCGACAGAUACGUGUCAGCCCUAACGACACCAGCGCGCCUCUCGCCAGUGGAUUUCCAUUAUUCAUUGCCCCCGCAGGUGCCUACCUUCCAGAUCACUUCGCCCAAUGCCAGCCAUGCCAUGUCCCUCCCUCCAGCUGUCCACAACCCCUACCCUCUGGAAGACGACCAGCCACUGCUGCGCCGCUACCAAGUGCCCCUCCACGACGCCCAGUGCCAGGAGGCCUACCGGCAGCAGCGGCGCACCUAUCUCAACGACAGCAGGGGCAGCCUGACCUCCAGCCCCUACCGGCUGGCGGACGACGAAGACUAUGAGACCACCCAGGAGUAUCUCUCCUCCAGGGAGCAACCAAAGAGAAGCGGGUCCAGCGCACCCGAUAGCCGGCGCUGGAGGAGAUCCAGACUGAACGGCCACGUGGCCCCCCGCGGAUACGAGGCCUCUCGGGAAUACGGCUCCCGGAGCUGCCUAACAGGAAGCGAGUCUGAGGAGGACGGCGAGAGCACGCCCUUCCUCAGUAUGCAGAACAUGAACGCUGAGCCGUCCACCAUCUACAGGCCGGUGGACAGUCGGACUCCUCACUCGUCGGGGCGGCACAGUGGGCAUGGCAACAUGCAAACAAGACUCACACACUCCCGCUCCAAACCGGACACUACACCCCAUUAGAGAGUGACCAUGAACCAACAAAAAAAAAUCAAUAUAGUAUAGACCUGCAUCUAUAAGAAAUAUUUUUAUUUUAUAUAACUGACAGAUAUUCUAAACAAAUGAAAUAUUUAUUUUCAUUUUAGCAAAAGUUGUCUACUAGUUAACAGCAAAGACUUUUUUAUAGGGAAAACUCUAUUUAUAUGUACAUUUUGAUUUACAGCAUAAAAAGAUGUGCCAGUUUUUUCACGUUUAAAAAAAAAAAAAAAGUAAUAUUGUGGUGCCUUUUGCUGUUUGCAGAUGCCAGAGGGCCAAUGGAGGUUUUUGUAGCCUUUCUUAUACGGACGCCUCAUUUUUUUAUACACAUUAAUUUGUGUUUUUUUUUUCCCCUCUCUGGUUGAUCUUUUCCUUUCUUUCCGAGUUGCAUCCUUUGAGGAGCCCACUUCCAUUAUCACGCAAUAUAAACCACUUUCAUCACAAAGUGUAUGUUUACAUCAAUGUAACUCACUCUGUAGGGUUGAUCAUUUGGGAUCCAAUAGAAUGCCUGAUUCAUUAAUACAAUGUAGAUCCUUUUUCUUUCUUUUAUUUUGUCAUCUGAUUUUUGUGUGUGUGGAGCGAGUGUGCGCGUAUGUCACUCCGCUUGCAUGUGGUUGUUGAUGCAGUGGCACGUGCCGGUGCAGAGAUAUACAGAACCAGUGCUUUAUCAGAACCCCCUCCACCCACCGACCUCCCUCCAAGCAGACGCAGGUGAAGCUGCGGUAGGUUGUGUUAUGUUACGCAGGUCAUUGCUUGAUGUGUUUACAGCUACCCCCACACCCCCACCCCCCCUCCUCUAUUCCCAGCCUGCACCAUAAAGCCCCCUCUGCUCCACCUCCUUGCCUUCUCUGCAGGCUUCCCUCAUGUGAGAGCCUUUUUUUACGAGGCCCACAAACACCAAGCCGCUUGGCACAGGGUGACCCCUGCCAUCGGAGGUGGUAGGCCAAACCAAAACACCGCAUCUGUUUUCACUCAACUCCCCAUACCUCAUCAUCCUUCUGUGUCCGUUCUGGUUUUUUGUGGUCUCUCUGUUAAAGGCCACACAGUGUCUCAGGAUUUCCACCUCUCAUGUUAACAUGUCAUACAUACAAGUACAAAGUCAAGUACGGAAAAAACAAACAAAAAAACACGUGGAGUAGCUGUGCAAGGGAUCAUAAAAUGCAAAAAUAUGCAAACUUUCUAUUUUGCUGUUUGAUGACGUCAUUUUCUAAGAGGUGACUGUGGUGUGUGUGUGUGUGUGUGUGUGUGUAGUGUCGAAUGAAAACGAUGAUCAUAUGCAUAUUUACACCAGUUAUUUUACUCCUUUAAAAAAAAGCCAUCUAUCAAAUUUGAUUGUUUUUUUAAUCACUCGGUUUAGAGCGCUUUCACUUUUCCGUGCACACUUCCAGUAAACGUAAAGUAGCAUCCAAAUAAUGUCUCCUCCGAUAGUACUGUGUACCUGCCGCUUUGUCUUAUUGACAGAUUUAGUCAUGUCGAAUCCAGUCUGAUACUUUUGCAAGGAAUCAAAACCAUUAAGGCGCCCCCCAACCCCCCCCCCCCCAAGAUAAUUCAUGUUUAUUACUGUUAAUCAUUACAAAUAGAUGAUAAAGAUUUGUUCUGCACUUCUAACUGCUAUGUGGUAAAUGCACAGUGUGGUCUUGUUAUAGAGAAUGGUCUUUGGU